AUGCCCAAAGUAGUUCCUUCUUCGCGCCGCACUCGGGCUCGCCAUCAUCCGUCUCACCCAUCAUCGGAACCAGCCCACCAUGCCAGUCCUCCUUCUUCCAAUCUGUGGAGUGCUGCUCCCCGCAAGGUUUCCUUUGAGGAAGGUCAUCAGUCUUCGUCUUCCUUUGCGUCACAACAGUCGAUAGUCGGAACGACGACCAACAGCAGCAACUCUCUCGCUUCAAACGCUUCCUGCAAGUCGAGUCUGCGACGAAAGGGACCCAGUGUCUGUCUCGUCGGUCUCGCGUCAUCGUCAGAGCAAGGCACUGCACAAGACAGCACAGACGCACUACACUGUCUCUCUCCUUCUCCCAGCGCAGACGUCAUGGACAGUUUCCACAGUCCAACCGCACAGCACGGCCAAACCACCGCACCUUCUUCUCCUUGGGGACACUUUGUUGAUAUUCUCGUUCCUCUCGACGAAGAAGAGACACCUGGGAACAACAAACGUCCCGGAGGUUUCUUUGGCUUUUUACACGUUCCCACUACUACUACGAGCGACGAUACUGCCACGUCCCUUUCCUUUUUGCCUCGACAAAAACGACACAAGCAUCGAAGAUGUUCCUCCUUGUCCGCACACCCCUACGGAUUACUGCCACGACAUCAUCAUCGACGACGACGACACAACUCACAACAACAGCCACCAAAGCCAUCCUUCUUGCCGGGAUUCGUGCUGGAAGAUCGAACGGAACAGUCCGAAAAACAAGCAACGGCGCAAGAUGUCGAACAGGCACUGCGGCGAUUGCAAGUUUGA